UGUUUGCGCACAUCAUGUGCGAACCAGUCAAAUGCGAACGUUUUUCCGUGUCGAUCAGACACAUAAAUUGAAGUGGCCGGGAUUUGAGUGCAAUAAAAUUAAUUUUCUAGUGCUUCGGUUUUAAAAUGUGGUUUAUGAUCGGAUAUUCGGUUUGAAUUUAUUGACGAUUUUCGGAAUAUUAUGGCAAAAUGUGUAUUUUAAAGUGGAUUUUGGUUUAUUUCCUCUUACUGAAAACAGUGUAUUCACGAAUCGAAGUUCCAAUUGGCGCAAUUUUCGAUAAAGAAAAUGGGGAAGCUAAAGUUGCAUUUAAGCAUGCGGUGUUCCGUGAAAAUAUGUACGGUGCAAAAUUCAAUCUUAUUCCCAUCAUUAAAAAUAUUGAUGCCACAAAUACGUAUGAAGCUGAGGAGGCUGUGUGUUCGAUGUUCUCGGAAGGUGUAGUUGCAAUAUUUGAAUCAUCAAGUGGGCAAUUUAAACAUACUGGCAUCGUGGCAUCAAUUGCAAAUGAGUUUGGUGUUCCGCAUUUUAUGAACCAAUGGACGCCUGAAUUACCGGCGUUUAAACGGCCAUUUCGUCAGUUUACGCGAAAUUUGUUCCCAAGUCCAAGCAUUUUCUCUCGUUCUUUGUCCGACCUAGUCAAAGACUAUGAUUGGACUUCAUUCACCUUGAUUUAUGAGGAUAAUUAUGCUUUGAUGCGACUGCAUGAUGUUCUACAGUAUCAUGACACUACAGUUGGUCCGGUUAUGGUUCGCCAGCUGGACGAAAACGAAGAUCAAAUGCCAAUGCUAAAAGAGAUUGCAAAAUACGGUGAAACGAGAAUCAUCUUGGAUUGCAGCUUGGAUAGAGUGAUACCCAUUUUGGCACAGGCAAAAAAAGUCAAAUUACUCGAAGAGUACCAAAAUUAUAUCAUUACAACAAUCGAUACGCAUACGAUUGAUUUCUCUGAAAUCGAAGGCAACCACGCCAAUAUCACCACAUUUCGAAUCAUCGAUCCGGGCAGCGUUGAUGCCGAAACCGCUGUACACGACUGGAAACAGGAUGCGGCGAGAAAGGGAGAAAGCACUGGCUAUUCGACCGAGAAAAUUAAAACUGAAUCAGCUCUUAUUCACGAUGCCGUUAAAGUAUUUUCGUCAUCUCUACGCGAUUUCUCUCUGAAUGCCGAAAUUGAAUUACCUGAACUGGACUGCAAGGAGCCGAAAAAGUGGGAACAGGGCGAAGUGAUACUGAAAAUUCUGAAUGAAAAAACGGAUGAAGGAAUAACCAGCCGAAUAUCGUUCAACGACAACUUCGAGCGGAAUUAUUUUGUCUUGGAAAUUAUUGAGUAUUCGUUUGCGGAGGGCCUGAAGAAGAUUGCAACGUGGGAUCCCGAUAAAAAGAUUACAAUGCUACGCACAACCGAAGAAGUUGAACUGAAAAUUUCACAAUCAUUGCAAAAUAAAACCUUGAUUGUAACAACACGCACUGGAAUGCCUUACAUGAGAAUCAAGCCAGAAUACGAUGGGAUUCCCUGCGAAGGAAAUCAUUGCCUCGAAGGAUAUGCGUAUGAUCUUAUUGAUGCCAUUUCCAAUAUUUUGGGCUUCAAGUAUGAAUUUCGUUUGGUGGCUGGCAAUAAAUAUGGCUCUUAUAACAAGGAAACAAAGAAAUGGGAUGGUCUAGUAAAAGAGCUUUUGGAUCAUAAUGCUGAUAUGGCAAUAUGUGAUUUGACCAUUACAUACAUGAGAAGAUCAGCUGUUGACUUCUCCGCUCCUUUUAUGACACUGGGAAUAAGUAUUUUGUAUGCCAAACCAGAAGCAGAGCCACCGAAUUUUUUCGCCUUCAUGGACCCAUUGUCAUUGGAGGUGUGGCUUUAUAUGGCUACAGCUUAUUUGAUUAUGACCGUCGCACUUUUAAUUUUAUCAAGAAUGGCGGCUGAUGAUUGGGAAAAUCCUCACCCGUGCGAUGAAAAUCCCGAAGAAUUGGAGAACAUAUGGAAUAUGCACAAUUGUAUUUGGUUGACUGUAGGCUCUAUUAUGCAGCAAGGAUGUGAUAUUUUGCCGAAAGCCGCAUCAACUCGCAUUGCACUCAGUUUUUGGUUCUUCUUUGCUCUCAUCAUCAUUUCGUCGUAUACAGCCAAUUUGGCGGCUUUUUUGACCAUGUCUAGGAUGGGCGUUUCAAUUGAAAGCGCCGACGAUUUGGCGAAACAAACAAAAAUUAAGUAUGGAGCCGUGCUGGGAGGCAGUACACUACAAUUUUUCAAAGACUCCAACUUUUCAACGUACCAACGUAUGUGGAGCGCUAUGGAAUCGAUGGACCCAUCACCAUUUGUCGCUGAUAAUAAAGAAGGGAUCGAACGCGUUCUUAAAUCAAAGGGCGGGUAUGCAUUCUUGAUGGAAUCCAGCCAAAUUGAAUACUUUUCCCAGCAAAAUUGCAAUUUGACUCAAGUCGGUGGACAAUUAGAUAGCAAGGGCUAUGGUAUAGCUUUGCCGUUCAACUCUCCUUGGCGUACACUCGUCAGCCACUCAAUAUUGAAACUCCAAGAAAAUGGAAUAUUGCUUCAACUCAAAGAAAAGUGGUGGGUUGAAAAUAAUCCAGGCGCCGGUGAAUGUGGUGAUGACAGUGGAGGUGGAGGAGAUACACCUGAGUUGGGAUUAGAUAAUGUUGGUGGUGUAUUUCUCGUUCUUGGAGCCGGCCUGGUGGUUGCGGUUAUCGUUUGUAUCAUCGAUUUCAUAUGGAACAUUCGGCAAAUUGCUAUCGAUGAAACGAUUACACCAUAUGAAGCUUUGGUUCGCGAAUUGAAAUUCGUUAUUGAUCUACGGCAAACAACAAAACCAGUGGGAAAAGGACUUGAAGAACGAUCUGAUUCGUCUCGUUCAAGCCAAUCAUCAAAAUCGGAUCGUUCGCUAAAAUCAGCCAUUUCCAAAGAAUCGCUCAAAACAGCGGAAAGUGAAAAACUUGAUAGGGUUUAGAUUCAGAAUGUAAACACUUGAUCUUCAUAUCAAUCGAGAUGGAUUCUAAUUCUCGGUUGGAUAUCGAAUAAAUCUUUCAUUUCAUUUUGCUCAUUUCAACAUCAAACGCUAUCAUUGUGAGCUAUUUAUGUGAAAAAUCCGCUGUUUAAAUAAAUAAAUCGAGUGUGAGUCAUAACAAGUGGUUUUGAAA